CGCGGUCCCGCCGGCGGCGGCUAGGCCGAUGCUCGCCCGGCGGCCGCGGGACCCGCUGCAGGCGCUGAGGCGCCGCGGUCAGGAGCUGAAGCAGCAGGUUGAUAGUUUGGUUACUGAAAGCCAACUAACAGGUGCUCUGGAACCAAGUAAAAGGAGAGAUAUUUACCAAAGAUGUAUCCAGUUAAAACAGGCAGUAGAUGAAAAUAAAAAUGCUCUUCAAAAAUUAAACAAAGCUGAUGAAGCUGCACCUGUGGGGAACUAUGAGCAGAGGAAGGAGGAAGAGCACAGUCUUCUGGAGAAGCUAGCCUGCCAGCUGCAGGAGCUUGCUGUGGGCAUCAGCAGGAAAGACACUCUCAAAGUUGAGGCACAUAGUGACAAGGAGGAAGAUGACACGACUGAGGACGAUGAAGAUGAAGAAACUGAAGAAACUGGUGGAGAGGAAGAAGAGUCAGAAGGGGAUGAGGAAGGAAUGCAGGAACAAGCCUCCUGGAAACAAGCAGAAACUGUCACAUACAUUGCUCUCGGGGACUUUGCUGCUCAGCAGGCUGGGGACCUGACGUUUAAGAAAGGGGACAUUCUCCAUAUAAUUGAGAAAAAGCCUGAUGGUUGGUGGCUGGCUAAGGAUGCUGAAGGAGCUGAGGGUCUCAUUCCCAGGACCUACUUGGAGCCCUAUAAUAAAGAAGACAAGCUGGAAUCAAGCGAAGACAGCGAGGAGGGUGGUGAGGAGGAUGGUGAGGAGGACGCAGAGGUGGUGGAUGAAACUGCAGGUGGAGCCCAGAUGAAGCAGAGAACUGAUUCCCACUGGACUGCUGUGCGAAAAGCUAUCUCAGAGCAGAUAAACACUGUUGAUGUGUUAGCCACAAUGGGAGCCAUUCCUGCAGGGUUCCGGCCUUCUACGCUCUCCCAGCUGCUGGAUGAAGCAGGGAACCAGUUUCGAGCAAGCUACUUCUUGCAGCCAGAGCUCACGACGUCGCAGCUGUCCUUCAGAGAUCUAAUGUGGGAUGCUAAGGCAGGCACGAUCAUGUCAAGACCUAGUCGUGUUUCAUUGAUUCUGACUCUAUGGAGCUGUAAAAUGAUUCCUCUCCCAGGAACAAGCAUACAGGUCCUCAGCAGACACAUCCGCCUCUGCCUGUUUGAUGGCAGCAAGGUCCUGAGUAAUAUUCAUACAGUCCGAGCCGUGUGGCAACCUAAAAAGCCAAAAACAUGGACCUUUUCUCCUCAGGUCACCGGCAUCUUGCCAUGCUUGCUCGAUGGUGACUGUUUUAUCAGGUCCAAUUCUUCAACUCCAGACCUUGGGAUAUUAUUUGAACUUGGAAUUUCUUACAUUCGCAAUUCGACUGGUGAGAGAGGAGAGUUAAGCUGUGGCUGGGUGUUUCUUAAGCUUUUCGAUGCCAGUGGCGUUCCUAUUCCAGCAAAAACAUAUGAACUCUUCUUAAAUGGCGGCACUCCUUAUGAAAAAGGUGUUGAAGUGGACCCUUCAGUGUCCAGAAGAGCACAGGGCAGUGUUUUCCGUCAGAUGAUAAGCGUACGGAGGCAGCCUCAACUUCUGGUGAAACUGCGAUCUCUGAACAGGAGGUCAAGGGCCAUGCUCAGUCUGCUGCCAGAAACCCUGGUGGGGAGCAUGUGCUCUGCUCACUUACUGAUAUUUUACCGACAAAUUCUUGGAGAUGUGCUCCUGAGAGACAGGACAAGCCUGCAAAGUGCUGAUUUAAUUAGUCAUCCUGUGCUGGCCACCUUCCCUCUGCUCCUGGAGCAGCCCGAUGUGAUGGAUGCUCUCAGGAGUUCCUGGGCUGAGAAAGAAAGCACACUAAAGCGAUCAGAGAAGAGAGACAAAGAACUCCUAAAGGCCGAGUUCCUCCUGGUCUACCAUGACUGCGUGCUCCCUCUUCUGCAUUCUACACUGCUGCCCCCCUUUAGGUGGGCUGAGGAAGAGACAGAGGCUGCUAGAUGGAAAGCCAUCGCCGACUUCCUCAGGCAGAGCCGAGAGAACGAGGGUUCCCUGAAGGCUCUGCUGUCACCAGAUGGAGUUCACAAACCAUUUGACCUUUCGGAGCAGACCUAUGACUUCUUGGGUGAAAUAAGAAAGAACUCAGGCUGAUGGCGGCCAUGGCUCCCAACUCCACUGGACCCAGUGAGCUCCCCAGGAUGUCUUGCCACAAACAACAGAAGCAAAAGAAACAGACUGGUUAGAACUGGGUCAUAGUCUUUUGUGUGCAAAUAAUAUUUUCAAAGAACUAUCUAACAAUUUGAUUGUGUGUAAAACAAAAUAAAUUUUAUAAGGAA